CUGGGACUUCGGAGGACAGACAGGGUCUUGGAAAGAGAUGCUGCCAGGACCCAAGCCGGAGGAGCUGAGAGAUACAUUUCUUUAGAGGCAAGGCAGAGGAGACACUCAAAGGGAGGAGCUACAUAGCUGGGUUCGCAAUGGGCGGGGAUGAGGGAGGGGCUUAAUGGAGAGGGCGGAGCAUUGUCAACGGGCGUGGCCUCAGAGACAGUUCGAAAGGGGUGGGGCUUAGGUCGAAGUACUCCGGACGGGAGAAGAGCACCCGGAGUAGAUUCCAAGGGGAGAUGCCAGGUUCGCCAGGCCGCGCUCAAGCUAACUCAAAGAAGGGUGGGGCCUCGAGCUCUGGGCGGGGCCAGGAUCUCGGGGGUCGCCCUCGCUGUCUCGCCCACUUGCCUUCACCCGCGCCCCCGUUCUUUUCGGUUAUUUUCUGCUACAGCAGUUCCCCGCCCUGCCCUGGGCCCACGGGGCCGCGGUCUGAACUUUGGUCGGCUGGAGGAAUUGUCCUCGACCUCCGUCGAAAAUGGGGAACGUGCAGUCGGAGUCGUCCGCGGGCGGGGGCUCCCGAAAAGAGCAGGCCUCAGACCGCGCCUCCAACUCCCGCAGGAUGUCUCUGGUGGAGCCUGAGGUGACCCCCUCCUCCCCAGCCGUGCGCUUGGCUCGAGGGCUGGGCGUCUGGUCUCCUGGCAGUUCCGGGCCCCCGGGACUCCUGAUACCUCCGGAGUCCCAGGCCUCAUCCUCGCCCCUGCCCCUGACCUUAGAACUGCCCUCGCCAGGGACACCACCCCUUCCAGAGGAGGCGGCUGCGGCUUCGGUCUCCACACCACCCCCGCCUCCCGUGGGGACCCUGCUGCCCGCGCCGUCUAAGUGGCGAAAACCCACGGGCACCGCGGUACCUCGGAUCCGCGGCCUGUUGGAAGCGAGCCAUCACGGUCAGGGGGACCCUCCGAGCCUCCACCCGCUGCCACCGCUGCCCAGGCAACUGCCCGAAAAAGAUCCAGUCCCGAGGGCCCCAGCUCCACUUCCGACGCCCCUGGAGCCACGGAAGCCGCUGCCUCCACCACCUCCUGACCCGAAGCCCCCGAGCCGCAGAAUCACUCUGGCUGCAUCCACCACAAGCCGGGUAGAAAGCCAGGUCAGACACAGCAGCGAGGGUCCGGCAGCAGGGGGAGCCCGCGCAGAAGCACCUCCCCAAGCCGGAGGAGGCGAAAUGGCCCGGUCUGCUACUUCUGAGUCCGGCCUGAGCCUGCUGUGUAAAGUCACCUUCGAGUCGGGGCCCCACGUAUCCCCAGCGGCAGCCUCGGGGUCCUUAGGGGCCAAAGCCACGCUUGGGGGCAGUGGAAGUGGAGGACUGUUCGCUGCCUCGGGUGGUUUCUCUUAUGCUGAGGUCCUGAAGCAGGGACCCCAACCUCCUGGAGCCACUCGUCCCCUGGGAGAGGUCCCUUGUACGGCACAGGAAACCGAGGGCGGUGAUGGAGAUGGUGAAGGGUGUUCUGGUCCCCCUUCGGCGCCUGCGCCCCACGCCAGGCCUCUACCGCCCCCCUACACCACCUUCCCAGGCUCAAAGCCCAAAUUCGACUGGGUGAGCCCUCCCGAUGGCACCGAACGCCACUUCCGUUUUAACGGGGCUGCUGGGGGAAUUGGGGCGCCCCGACGGCGUGCGGCCGGGCUCUCUGGGCCCUGUGGAUCCCCUCCACCCAGGUCUGGGCCAAUGCAUCCAGCUCCUGGGCCCCAAAAGCCUGCACCUGCCUUGCUGGCGCCACCUAUGUUCAUCUUUCCGGCGCCCACCAAUGGUGAGCCUGUGCGUCCGCAACAGCCGAUACCUCCGUUGCCACCGCCACCAGCUACGCCACCGCCAGCACCGCCGCCCACAUCCCAGCCGCCAGCGGUACCCCAGACGCUGCUGCUGGUGGCCCGCCCGCCUACCCCAGGCCGUGGCCAAGUGCAGUCAGCCUUGGCUCCCGCCCCUCCCCCUACUCUGCCCCCGACUUUGGCUGCAGAGCCGGCCCCCUCACCAGCCCCAGCCGCAUCCCCAGCUCCAGCAACCACCACCGCUGAGCAGUCCGUGCCUGCGCCUCAGCCCAUCAAGACUCGUACACGCAGGAACAAGGGUCAGCGCGCAGCCCGGGGUGUGACCCGUGAAGACAGGACUCCGGGAGAUGGUCCACAAGUACCGACUACAACUACCGUGCCUAACAGCGACAGUGGAGGAGGUGGAGCCAGCAGACCCUCUACCACACGGGCAGCCAACAAGGGCUCAGUGUGCCACUGGCCACCUUUCGAGGUGCUUAAUUCUUGUCCCUGCAAGUGCUACUGCCAUCAUCAGCCAGACCAUCGUCGCCUGCCACGCAACGUGUCUGCCUGACAUCCCCAUACCCUAAACUGCCCUUGGGCUCUUCGGACAGCUUUCUGGGUUGUCGUUAUGCCUGUAGGAUAAAGAAGCCCCAGAAAGGAUACAUAGCAGAGCCUGUCGAAUUCUUCCUUCCCAGGCUGAGAACACCUACCAACCACCUGAGCGAGCCACCCUGGGUUGCCACCAUCAAGUUGGCUGGCUCCUUAGUAGCUGGACUGGAACACUACGACUUGCAGGCCACUCAUUCCAACUGAGUGCAGUCUGCCCAAUGCCCUCUGCCUCACCUCCCUUGCCAAUAAAGUACCCAGUCUACACAGCUUGCCUAGCUGCCUAUCACCACUGGGGGCUGAGGAGCACAGCUGGGAAGGCCAGGCCCCAUCAAAACAAAUCCUACACACUGCAGGCCCCAAGGUCAGAGACCAUAUUGAAGAAGUACAAUCCUUCAUGGUUUACAGUAAGGACAAUGACUGGACUUUCUUGAAAACCCCAAACCCCAAGGAUGGCUCAGCCAGGCUUAAACUUGGCCCAUUAGGCAGCUUCCCAAGAAUUUUAAAGCAGGAAACAGACUAGUGGGCCACAAGGGUCCAAGUCAGAGUUGGCUUAGGAAGGAGACUAGAGCAUGCCAGUGUCUGGCUGGGCCCAUACCUUUUGUCCCAGAGGGAUCACACUGGAAGCUCACAAAGUCAAUUAUAUGUGUCACUUUAAAGUUAUUUAAUUCAUUGCCAACAUUUUUUAAAAACUGAGACACACUCUUCAAUGAAAUCUGGUGCCCUGGCCCAGAGCCACAAUGUGUCCACAGAUGGCUAGAAGAGCCCUCUACCUGGGCUUGUGUUCUCCCAUGGACCACUGGGCAUCUAUGCUUGAAACCCAGAGUGACAGCCACUGGAUAACACCGAGGAGGGUGGUUGUCUGAAACUCCCCCAGGGCCCCAAACUCCCAAAUUCUCCAGGGAUAACUGUCUCCUUCCAUCCCACUGGGGAAGACUAGGGCCCAUAAGAAGUUAUAAUCCAUCUUUAUUGGAGGCCAGCCUAAACUGGGUUUGUUGGAUAGCCAAGCCUGCCCACCCCGCCAAGGCUCAGACAAUCAUCUCCAGCUGCCGGGCAUACUCGAUGACCUGUUUGGCCAGCUCAGUGGAAGGGAUGGUGGUGUCUU